UUCCAUGAGAUAAAAAAGGGAAAUAUAAAUACUGGAAUUUUGUGUGUGUAACAGUAUUUAAAGAAGAUCUCAUAUUCGAUCCGUUCAUUGAGAGAAAGGAGAGCGUCGACCACUGUUCCACCGCUGAAUCACGUGGAUAGCUACACAUUGUGUAGGUGUCUAAAAUCGGGAUCACACACAGAAAGGCGAGCGAGUUCAUCACACCAAUAAUAACGAUCUGUUCAAACUGUUUACCAGUAGCCUAUUGUUUUUGAGGACAUAAUCUGCGUGUAUUAAUCAGGAUUAGGGAUUUUGAUGUAAUUUAGAGUUAGCGGUCUUAGUGUCAAGCGCAUCGAUUUGUUUUUCUUCAUCGUUUUACCACGUGGGUGACUUUCAGGAUGCCGUUUCGGCGUGUUUAGUUUGAGGAUAGCCGUCUAGACAGUUAGAUGAUGACUGAAUUUGUGGAUUUUGUCCAUUAGAGGAAGGUUGACAACAGGUUCUCGCAGCAUGGACCACGAUCGCCCACUGCGGGACCUUGGAUCAUCCGCGAAAUUAUACAAUCCAACAGAAUCCGACAUCCAAGAUCACAGGUCCCAGUCCUCUGUUCUGAUUGGUCUACAUCUGCCAAAACAAAGACACCGACACAAAAGGCGAAAACAUCAACGAAUAACUGGUGACAAAACUGUUCAGCAAGUCAACAAAGAUGAGAUCACCCACCCAGCCCAGCGGGUUCAGUUCCUUUUGGGAGAGGAGGAGGAUGAGGAACACAAGUCCCACGAUCUGUUCUGUGAGAUGGAGGAACUCUUCUAUAAUGGAGAUAAAAUGGAGUGGAAAGAAUCCGCUAGGUGGAUCAAGUUUGAGGAGGAUGUGGAGGAGGGUGGAGAGAGAUGGUCCAAGCCCCACGUAGCCACCCUGUCCCUCCACUCGUUGUUUGAACUGAGGUGUAAUAUCCUCAAUGGAACGGUCAUGUUAGAUGUUGAGGCAUAUGACCUGCCAUCUUUAGUUGAGCUUGUGAUAGACAAAGCUGUGGUAGCUAAGCAAUUAGAGGAGUCCAUGAAGGAAAAAGUCCUGGAAGUUCUAUUAAUCCGCCAUAGGCAUCAGAACCAGAAAAAGAUGACAGAAAAUGGAGGUGGCAAACUGCUGCCAACCAUUAGGUCGUUUGCUGAUAUUGGAAAGAAAGGAUCUUUUCCGAAAUCCAUAGGAAAUCUUGGUGAUGAGAAAGAUUCCUCCAUCAAAAGCAGCCGAAUGUUGUCUGCCAAGAGUACGCCAAAUUUUCACCACACUCACCAGUUCUUGUCCCCAGAGAAUGCAGAACCAAAAUUACAUCCAAAUCCAACAUAUGCAGGGUCAUUAUCAGCCAAUGCUAGUUCUUCAGACCUUUCACGGGAAAAAAUGGCCAAGAAUUUGCACUUUAUGAGAAAGAUCCCGAUUGGAGCUGAGGCAGCUAACAUCUUAGUUGGAGAGGUAGACUUCCUGAGCUACCCCAUGGUAGCCCUGGUCCGCCUCCUGCAUUCCUAUGUCAUGCCUGACCUGACAGAAGUCCCAGUUCCCACCAAGUUUGUCUUCAUUAUGCUUGGACCCAUGGGAAAUCAGAGUAAAUACCAUGAAAUUGGCAGAGCCAUCGCUACACUUCUCUCUGAUGAGGUAUUCCAUGAUGUAGCCUAUCAUGCCAAGAACAGAGACGACCUGUUGGCGGGAAUAGACGAGUUUCUGGAUCAGGUCACUGUCCUACCCCCCGGAGAAUGGGAUCCUAGCAUCAGGAUAGAACCCCCAAAACAGAUCCCUUCACAAGAAAACAGGAAAAACUUCACCGGAACACCCCCUCUUCCGAAUGGAAAAAAGGUGGAAUUCGAUGUGGAGGAGCCAGGUCACCAUGAUCCAAGUCUGACCAGGACAGGAAGGAUCUGUGGUGGAUUGUUUGAUGAUGUCAGAAGGAAGAUUCCCUGGUACCUGUCCGACUUCAAGGACUGUUUACACAUCCAGUGCUUCGCUUCCUUUGUGUUUUUAUACUUCGCCAGUUUGACUCCAAUCAUCACCUUUGGAACUUUUCUUGCUGAUGAAACUCAAAACACAAUGGGUGCUUUGGAGAGUAUCUUUGCAGCAGCUCUCUGCGGAGUUAUCUAUGCUCUGACUGCAGCACAACCUCUGGCAAUACUUGGCUUCACAGGACCUGUUUUAGUUUUUGAAAAAAUUCUUUAUGAUCUAUGCAGCGAUAAUGGUUGGUAUUACCUGGAAUUUCGUUUUUGGAUUGGGAUGUGGAUAGCAGCGAUAUUGUACUUCAUUGUGUUAUUUGACCUCUCUGCACUAGUGCAGUAUGUGACCCGUUUUACAGAGGAAGGCUUUGCUCUCCUGAUUUCCCUCAUUUUCGUCGUUGAGGCGUUUGAAAAGCUAUUCCAUGUAAUGGCCCACCACCCAAUCCAUUUCCCAGAGUUGCCAGAACCGGAAAUGUGUUCUGGGUUUUGUGCUUCUCCAUACACCAGUAGCAAUCAGACUUCUAACGAUACAAAUCUCUGGACCGAGAAUCUCACAGAUGUGUGGUCCAAUAAGAGUAUACGAGACUGUUUACUAGAAGGAGGUAACUGGACCUCCUCUUCCUUAGCUGAGGACCACAAACGAGAACCAGAGGUUUUCUUUAUGUCUGUGAUAUUGUUCUGUGGUACAUUUUUCAUUGCCAUGGCUCUGAAGGGAAUGAAAACAACACCAUUUUUUCCUAGUCAGGUAAAGCAGUUCCUGAGUGAUUUCUGUGUCAUUCUUGCUAUUGUCAUCAUGGUGGUUGUUGACAUCAUCUUCAAUGUACACACUCCCAAACUUAAAGUGCCAUCAGAAUUCAGGCCCACAGAUGUGAAUCGCCCAUGGAUUGUGGAUCCAGUUGAACAUAAUCCGUGGUGGCUGGUUUUUGCAGCCAUUAUCCCGGCUCUUCUGGCCACCAUAUUGCUGUUCAUGGAUCAACAAAUUACACUGGUCAUUAUCAACAGGAAAGAAAAUAAGUUGGUGAAGGGACAUGGGUACCACCUGGAUCUGUUCUUAGUGGCAUCUCUGGUGGUGGUCUGUUCUAUCCUGGGGUUGCCAUGGUACGUCACAGAGACAGUUCUGUCCAUCACACAUGUGAUGUCCUUGAAGAGGGAGUCCGAGUGUUCAGCCCCUGGGGAGAGUCCAAAGUUCCUUGGUGUCUGGGAACAAAGGGGGACUGGAAUAGCCAUCAGUGUGAUGAUUGGAGCAUCAGUUCUGCUUACGAACGUUCUAAAGUAUAUCCCCAUGCCUGUGCUGUAUGGAGUAUUCUUGUAUAUGGGUGUGUCUUCGUUACAUGGCAUGCAGAUUGUGAACCGGAUCCUAAUCUGGUUCAUGCCCCAGAAGUACCAGCCAGACUACAUGUACCUGCGACAUGUCCGCACUAGGAGGGUCCAUCUGUUCACCUUCAUACAGGUCCUCUGUCUCAUCAUCCUCUGGAUCAUCAAGAGCAUCAAGAAAACGUCCAUAGCCUUUCCCAUCAUGGUGCUUGGUAUGUGUUUUGUACGCAAGGGGUUAGACAAGAUUUUUACUCAGGAAGAAUUGAAAUGGCUAGAUGACAUCAUGCCUGAGGUCCACAAACGAGCCAAGGAGGAUGAGCUGAAACGACAGGACAAAGACGAGGUUCACCAUGGAUCGCAGCUGCUGGACAGUUCUGGUACAGUGCAGGUGCCCCUGAUCAGUGGUAAUGUCAUCAACAUACCUGUCGAGAGAAUCACAGUGACCACAGAACCAGACAUAAACAUUUCAGAGGAAAUGUCAAAAACAAUGCUGUGGAAAACUAUAGUUGCCAAUGAAUCCUCCAACAGUCUCAACAGUUUAGAGUCCACCUCAAAGAAAAAGAAACACAAGUCAAAGAAGAGUAGUAAGAAAUCCCCUCUGGCGGUCAGUUUCUCUGAGGACAAGGAGUCUCUGAUGAAGGAGUCCAGCAGCAAGGAUCAGGCUCCUCUGUUCUACAUAGCCGAGGACGAGACGGAUGAUUUACUGAAAUCUGAGCGCAAACACUCCGACGAUACUGGAGUUUAACAUCGGAAAUCUGUUAGUCAUUUAAUUGUUAUUUUAUUUAGUAUAAUUAUAGUAUAAAAUUGUGUGAAGUGAGAGCUUUAUAAUUAUAGCCAAUGUAUCAAGUUUUGUGAUAUCAAUUUUAACUAACAGACGUAUGUCGAAUCCCUUUUAAAAGAACAAUAAUAAUAAUUGUAUACAUACAAUAAUGGUAUACAUGUAUAUACACAUGAUUGUUUAUAUAUUCAUGUACUGUCAACCUAACUUUAUUUGCAUGCUUGAAGAUUGAUUGUGAUAAGAGCUAGGUUAUAACGUAAUAUGACAUAGUAAACGUUUCUUAAGGUGGUCAGUAUGGGACACCUUCAUGUAAGACGUAUUUGCGAUCGAAAUAAACAAUGAAAUUGAGUAUACAAUAUAAUUUUAUAAACCUUUCCUUUCUCGAAAUAGUUCCCUAACAGGGUAACGCAAUGGAUUAGAGCGUUAACUACCAAUAUGUUUGUCAUGGGUUCGAAACCUGCUUGGGCUUUUAUGAUUUAUACCUUUCCAAAAAUUUUUAAAACAUUUUUUGGUCAAAUAUUGUAAAAUUUUAAAACAGUCAAAGUAUUUUCAUUAUAAUUUACUUUUAUCCACAUGAAUAUUGACAAGUGUCCUAUACCACCUUAAUGUGACAAGGCCCUCAACAUCUUUUUUAUUUGUAUGAGAUCUUCUACAUAAAUUUGCUCAUGUGGUUGUAAAAGUUAGUUGCUUCACUUAGUUAAAUGACAGAGCAUUCAUGAAAUCAAGUUGUCUCAAAUAAAGUUGGUCUACAGUAUAAAAUAAUAAUACUUAUUAAAAUAUUUCUAAAGAAUAAUUAUUAUGUAUAUUCUUUUUUUUUUUUAAUUGUAGUAGGAUUCUUUGAUCAUGAGUACAUGCUGUUUUACAUUUGUACUUUCGUCAUAUCAUUGAUUCAGGGAAAUCACAUAUUUAUAUAUUGAUGUAAAUCAAUGUUGAAUUCUGUAUAGAAUUCAAGUAUAAUAUUAUAUGAUUAGAAAUGAACUAUCAAGAUGAAUUAUGAAAUCAUUACAUACAUGUACUUUAUGUGCCGUUAAGCUGUAAUAUAUGCUGUUUUGAUAUCCAGUCCCAGGGUAUACCUGUUUCCCCUAUCCUUGGGGUCCACUAGUAGCUCUCCUCUGAGUUUGACCCUCAAAGGUUAAUUCUUUAAGUGAGUAGUUUGCAGUGACCUCACAGCUUUCUGUAUAUCAUGAGGUGUGUGUUUCUCUAGUUAAGAUUAUGUUUAAUUUUCAUUAGCAAUAAGACACAUAUAUUUAUUUUCAUAAAAAGUCCCAAUAAAUUGUUUAAAUGCUUAUUGAUUGUGCAACAAACUUUUGGUUUUUACUUCCCAAUCUCUUUUGAAAUCUUUCUUUUUUGUGAAUAUAUUUUUGUGAAUAUAAUUCUGGCAUUUCAAAUGUACUCUUUAUAUUUUUUUUUUUUAUUUACUAAAGUAUGUUAUUUCAUAUAAUCGAAAAUUUGUUGUUGUGUUCAUGAUUUACUGUUUUUUAUAGCUAGAUGUUAAAAGGGUUCAUAAUUUAUAUUAUAUGUGAUUUGGAAAUAUAAUCGUCAUCAUGUCAUGAACAUAAAUGUAAAUGAACUCUGAUGUAAAAUUGUUGCUGGGUUUACAAUGUAACCUUUAAAAUCAAGUGAGCUAGCCACCAUUAUUCAGUCAGAGUGUGAAUUAAAAAACACUGUCAAAUAUAUCCCAGUCCCACAUAUCUCUGUUUUUUGUAAUUAUACGUAUUUUGAUGGUCCCGUAACAUAUUUUGACACCAUUUAAUGUCUUUUUGUUUCCAUUUAAAGGUGCACUAGUACUUUGACUUUCUUUUUUUUUUUUGGGAGGGGGGGGGGGGGAGAGGGUUUGGUAGGAUUUUGUUUCUGUGUUUUGAUAUUGUAUAUUUAUUACAUCUACCGAAUAUGAAUCUCUCUAUUUCUUAUGGAAAUUUAAAUUAUAGUUAUUUCAUAGCUCUAUAGAACAGGUGUAGAAACUGACAGGACUGAAAUCUACACGUCCCAUUUAACAAUUGCUGGAAACCUACAGUGACCUAAAAAAAUCACUGACUUCACGAAAUAAUCAUGAUGAUGUCAGACUCAAAUCUGAUAGGAGACGAUUUGGCUGUUUCUUUUAACUGGUGUACAUUAACAGUAAUUUAGUGAAUUUUACUUACUUUUUGCAAUCAAUUUAUUAAUUUGUUAAAAGAAAGAUGUAAAUAUAAACAUUAAAAUGCUUUCUUUGAUGAUUUAUGUGGGUUAUGAAGGUAGUGAUCAUUGCAGAAAAAAAUUACAUAAUCCGCGGUUGUGUAGUUUUUUCUGCAAUGUCGCUACAUUUACAUCCCACAUGAAUCACCAAAGAAAGCAUUUUAUUGUUUAAAUAUAUUGAAAAUGGUUCUUGUUGUUAAAGUGUUUUGGUUGGACUAGUGUCAUUUCAUUUUAAAUCCCUUUAGUUGUUUCAAAUAUCAUUUGAUUAAAAAGUGUCAAACACAUGCAUCCACAACUAAACAAUUCAAUUUUUUCUCUAAAAAAAUAUAAUUAUGUAAAGUAAUACACAAGUAUUUUAUGUUUGCUAUGGUUAAGAUUCAUACAUAACUAUCAUUAUGACACACUACUUUGAUAUAGGGAAAAUUCUAAUAUUUUUCACAGAAAUGUAUUGUUUAUACAUGACUGAUAGAAUGAUCUAUGUCACUAAUUAUUCUCUUAAUGAAAAGCCUUAAAGGCAUUGUUAAUAUCAUUAGUGCAUACUAUGUAGGUUGAAGAUUCAAUUUUAAUUUCAUUUUUUGUCAUUUAGUUCCAGAGUUGUUUUGAUAAUAUUUCUCCAUAUGAAAAUAUGGAUGACUUUGAUAUCUCCUUUUUAUUUUUUGAAACUCAAUUUUUUCACUGAAUCUCCUUUUAAUCCACAAUCCUUGAAGAAUUUCCCUUUGUUUAAAGAUCUCGAAGAAUUUUCAAGGUAUUUGUUUUAAAAGUAAUGCACACACUUUUUUUUUGGGGGGGGGGGGGAGCAUCAUGGACGAUCUCCAAGAACCUCUGUGUAGAUUUAAAUAUAUGGUGGGAAAGAUCAUUAUUGUUUAAGUAUGAUUACACCUGGAAAAAGAUCUAUAAUAAUGUGUUAUAAUGAUUAGGUAUAAAACAUUUGAUGUUGAAGAAAUAAAGUUGAAACAAGUCA